CAGCCUUGGGUAAUAUAUCAUCCCCGUACACCGGGAAGCUGGACUCGAUACUGUGUAAGCUGUCAGUGGCCCUUAUAAACCCAACAAGAACAAGAAGCACCAUGUGUUUUGUCCUUCCCAAUUUCAACUUACAUUUUCAGUCUUAAAGUCCAUAAAAGUGAAAAAGUAUUCCUAUCUAUGAAAAAUGGCAACUUCAUUAGAAGCACAACUAAAGAAGCUAGCAGCUCCACAGACAUCUAUAUUGGACUAUAAAAGAAUACGAAGAUCUAUUCUCUUUGAUCCAUCAGAGGCUGCUAAGUAUGGCAGAGAUACAUAUUUUGAUAUUGGCAAGAAUGGCUUUGAAGAGCUGGUAGAGACUAACAGGGAUUUUCUUGAAUUUGAAAAUUCACUGUUUGGGAAGACAGCAAAGGAUGUUCAACGUGCAGUGAAAGACAGAUCUGCCAAUACGUUGCUUGAUAAGUCCAUUGAACAGUUUCUUCUCCUGUUGUCUCCAUAUUUAGAGAAACAGGCUGCUCUACAGGCACUUGAAUGGCUGGUGUACAGAUUUAUGGUUGGUGAUAUGAAUAAAAAUGCUCUGUUGAUGUGCAUAUUCCCCUACUAUGAAUCUGCUUUGUUUAUCCGAAUACUUCAAAUUAUUGAUGUUCACGAUGAAACAAGUGAAUGGUAUUGGUUAAGAGGAGCUCAGAAGAAAGGCCGACCAAUACCUAAGCAGACUGUGUUUACUCACUGGAACCACGAUCAAGGCUUCAGAGGAUUCUUGGCAGAAUAUUUGAGAAAGAUGCUAAAGGUGCACAAGAAUGAAAGCAACUUAAAGAUUGCUAUUUCUUUCUAUGUAUCGACUGUAGUUGGGGGACUGUGCCUACUUCCGGAGGUGAAGGAAGAGCACUUGUCUUGCAUUGCAACAUUAAUGCCAAAAUGCUUGGCCUCACAAGGUGAAAUGGUGGCAGGAACUUACUUAAUAAUUGCUAAGUUGUCGGUCAAGACAAAGCUCUCUCAAGAUUUCAUCAACAACAUUUUAAAGAAAAUCAUUCAGCAAAAUGAUCCACCUGAAUCGUUAAGGGAGCAGUGCGUUCUCUGCUUGUUAGCUUUAACACACCAUCAGAAGAUAGAGGUUUUCAGCAAUGAUAUAAUAAAGGCCCUUGAAGAAAAAACCUUCAUUAUUGAACAAAUUGAAGGGCUCGCCAAGACAAAGAGUGUUGCAUCCUUCCUGUCUCCUUAUAUUUCAGGCUAUAUAAGGUGGCUUUUUAGUGAUUCCUGCACAUUUAAGGACCAGAAAAAAUCUAAGAAAUUUGCAAGACUCGUUCAUUGGCUGGAAUCCACACCACUGUCAUCUUCAGAUUCUUUAAAAAUCAUUUGGUCCUUGUUUGAGGCUGUGAAAAACAAUUACCAAGCUUUAGUAUCUUUGAAAUCACUAAAACUUGCAAGAGCAUUGGGUGGGCUAGAGGCAAGCCACCCACAAGGACACAGUCAGGCUAUGGCUCGUAUGGUGAACUUGGAUAACAACUCAUCAACUGGGAAGAAAUAUGAGGCGAUAAUAAAAGAAGUGAUGACAGACCAGAGUGGAAGCACACACUUCAUACAUUUGGUUCAUCCUGAUAAUGACAUUCGACUAGCUGCUGUCAAGAACUUCGUGGAAAUGGUUUCCAAGGAACGUGAGAAAGAUGCCAACACGAUCAAGAUGCAUCUUAAAAACAUGCUGAUAGAUGAAUUCCCUCCUAUUGUUUUAGAAGCAUUAACUCUUGUAAAGGGCCUAAGAAUGCUAGAUACUUCAUAUGUAGUAAAUGAAUGCCGGAAUCUUAUGGCUAAAUCAAAAGAUAAAAUAAAUAAAUGGAGAAAGGUCAAGUUGGCAUGCAUAAAAGUAAUCACACAAGAUCUAGUUGAUUUGUAUGAUGAAAGUCUGCAAAUAAGUGUACUGUACCUAUGCUUGCCCUAUGUACUUUUUCCAAAAAAUCAGUUAGACAUUACAGCAACUAAAAUUGUCUUAGAAUCAAACAUGGCAAAGAAAAAUACUCUUUUAAUUGCCUUGUCCUGUGAAGUGAAAUCUUUCUUAUGUGAUAACAAUUCUUGUGAACCCAUGGAUUAUUCUAAAAAAGUUUGGGGAUUACUGCCCAACAUUUUAAAUACAUUAUCCAAGGAAGAUUAUAUAGCCUUAUGGAAUCAUGCUGAAAAACAGCUUGGGUCAGAAGACUGCAUGUUAUCUCAUUUUAUGUCCAUGAUUUUGUUGUACUGUGGUCUGAGCAACAGAAAGACUGAUGACAUCCUUCAGUUGAAGAGAGCAAAUAGGCUUCUUGAUGCUUGUCUGAUUAGUUUUGAUAUGUUCAAGUGCUCUGUGAAGGAGGAAAGUCAUACUUUGGAUGCACUCUCUCCAAAUCAUAUUAAAAAACUCUUAGAGCAAGUAACAAGUGGGUCGCUGUCAGUCUCCUUUCUCGCACUGUGUAUGAAGCAGGCUCUUGAACUCUUCAGGCUCCCAGAAUGCUGCAAAUCAUCACCUUACUGGAGUUCUUACAUGGAGGAGUCAGAUGGUGAAGGGCAUUUAAUGAUUUUGAUAAAGGCACUGAAGGGAGCAGUUCAGCUUGAGAGAUAUGGAAAACUGGGAACUACUCUGAGAAACUCCAUUAUUACCACAGUUCUCAAGAAUUGCUUGGAUACUUCUGAGAGAAGAUAUUAUUUUCUAGCCAUCAUGUGGGGCUGGCAUCCAUCACUAAAUUUCUCUAAUGUGAUAGAUGAAACUUUACAGGCUUGGACAUUAAAUCUAGGUUCAGCACUUCUAGGCUCUCAGUCUGCUAGCCUUGCAUGGGCUCUUGGCACCAGCCAGCCAAUAGUUCCAGCCCUAAUUUCUGCUCUAAUGCACGAUAGUAAAGUGGUGCGGCAAGGAGCCAUUGAUUGUAUUAAUAAACUUGGAGGAAUAAUUGGUGGUAGGCUUUCUAAAGACAACCACAGCCUGCUGAUAGAAGCCAUAACUGCACGAGCCGAAGAAGUCAUUGAAGAUAAAAGCCAUGUUUCCUCAGUGCUGUCCGAAUUUGGGGAGACACAAAAUUCAAAGAGUACGCAAGUUACUAAGGCUCUGGUUGAUACUGUCAUAUCUAAAAGUGUACCAAUGCAUCUGAAAAGAGCACUUCUCUUUGUUCUCAGUCAUGUGAUGAAUUCUGACAUCCUCAGCAGUUUACUACCUGUGGCAGAAAGCAUUAUGAAACAAGUCCUCAAUUUGAAAGAAGAUUCCAAGCUUGAUUAUGUCACCUCAUUUUCACUCUAUUACAUUUUGCUUCACUUCACUCCCAGCGCUUCAGAGGUUUUGGAAAGUAAAGAUGGAUGGGAGUUCUUCCUCAAGGUUAUCACAUGUUCAAGACAAGUUCUAGACUUCUCUCAAGAUGCUGUUUAUGAAGGUUUUGUUUCACCACAAAGCAUCUUGAUGAAUCAGGUUAUGACUCGUAAGUUCUUGACAAGCAUCAGGAGUGAAGAGGUGCAAUCUAAACUAUGGAGUGUCCUCAUUAGCCGUGUUGUGGAUUCUGAAAAUCCCAGCGAGGCUGCUCAGCUUCGUAAGGGUCUUAGAAAAGUCAGCUUGGAUUCAGGUGUUAUCAUCAAGCAGAUAGAGAACUUAAAUCUGUCUGAUAAAGUAACAUCUAUAAAGGCAGCUCAAGCCAGGAGAAAAAAACAAAAGGAAUCCGAGACUCUCAAUAACCAACUCACGGCCUGGAAGAAACUUGGCUUGAUGUUGGAGACUAUUGGUGUGAUGGCUUCAUUAGGUCGACCAUGGUUGUUGGUCGGCCCUCUGUGCCAGUGCCUACAGUGUACUCUAACUCUUGACACAGUCAUUACUGAAUUGUUGCAACAGCAGAUACUUUCUGCAAUAUUACACCUGCUGCAGAAGUCUGUAGAAGAAUUGGGAGAGGAUGUGAACAAAGAAAUGCAGUUGAAUAUUGAACUGAUUGUUCAGUGCAUUCGUUCAUCUGUGAAUUCUGAUACACACCGACGUGCAAUGCUCAUUCUUGCUUUGGCAGCCAAAAUUUCGCCAGAAGUGGUGAUGCACAAUAUGAUGUCCAUCUUUACAUUCAUGGGCACUUCUCUUCUGAGACGCGAUGACUCUUAUUCCUUCCAGGUUAUACACCAGACUAUCCAGAGCAUUGUACCAGUGCUCAUUAAGUGUGAAACUGAAGAAAAAAUCUUGGUCAAACUUGCGCAAGUUUGUCAGGUGUUUGUGGAUGUUCUGCCAGAUAUUCCAGAGCAUCGCCGCUUGUCACUCUUCACACAACUUGCUUCCACUAUUGAUGCAAAUAAAAACUUGUGGAUUAUCUUGGCUCUUGUGGCUGAUUCCCAUGUUAUGAGAGGAAGUUUAAAUGAUGGGUCUGGCAUGAAAGAGGAAGAUAGACGUGGCAUUCCUCGUGACAUCCAGUUUACUCUCACACUGUGUAGCCAAUUCCCAGUAGUGGCUCAGGUGUUCGCUUGUUGCCAGCUGAUGGAGCAUAUCAGUAGCUUGCCUGAGGAGAAAGAGGAGACAACAGGCCAGGAAAGGUCAAGAGAAAAGUAUUCUCAGAUAGAUCAAGAGAUUAUAUGCUGGAGUGUACAUUCUGCUAGACAAUUGUGUCAUUUCAAGUACACAACUGCUGGUCUCAUAGCACUUCUUUUAUCAUCAGAAGAAUAUGUUAGACAGGCAUGUGAGGCCAGUGAACAAGUUGAAGAACUACAGGACCUCUACAGGCAGCUUUUGGAAAAAGCCUUGUGGUACCUGGAUAGUGUAAGUCUGUUGUGUGAUCAACACAAGGAUAAGCCAGGAGGUCGUUUGUUUUUGUCUCUGCAGCGAAAGGUUGUAGAUGUUGUAGAUAGUAUAAAUGCACUACUACCACCAAGCAUGUUAAUAGAAGUUGCAAAGAAACUUGUGAAUUCUCAACUGCCACUUGUUCGUUGCAGAGCAAUGGAAAUUCUUUGUGCUAAACUUCAGCCCAAUGCUAAUUUCUUCAGCAAAGAAAAUGUAAAAAGUUUAGAACCUUUCAUGGCAAUUUUGCUUAAGAGGGCACGGAAAAGUAAGGAACCAUCAGAUAACAGACAGACUGCUCUCUUUACUUUACAUUUACUUACAAAAUUUAUGGCACCUCAAGUUUCCAAUGAAGUGGUUCUACCAGUUUUAUCUGCAGCAGUGGACCUCAUCUGCAAAGAUACUACAGAGACGAAACUUGUAAUACAGGCACUGUUGGUGGUGUCGGAGUCUGUUGUUGCUCUUAAGGCUCAUGCUGUCAUUCAUUUAGGACAAAUCAUGCCUGCCAUUAUUAAAUUUUGGAAUGAGGACCAAGCUUCAGACCACUUGCUUUUGGCAACUGUCACAGCAACACACAAGCUGCUUGAGAAUGUGCCACAGUUUCUUUCACCAUAUCUAGAGCCACUGGUGUGUUGUGUGUGCUGCCUCUCUUCUCGUAAGGAAAAUGGUUCUGUUAAAGAAUCUCGGCUUAUUAUGAGGCUAAGCAUAGUCCAAGACACAUUGGUCAAACAUGUCGAGCCUCGGGUGCUCAUUCCUAUGAUGAUGGAGGCAUAUAAGACAUUGUCUAAAAUAGAUGUCACAGCCUUGCAGACUUUCAUGGCUUUGGUAGACACACUUAUUACUCACGUUGACGGAAAAACUCUGACAAGCCACAAGCCUGCACUGCUUAGUCUUUUCACAGAAGCAAUGGACCUUAGAACACAAAAGGGUAAUUCUGAAGUUGUUGGUGCAGUUGAGUUGGACAUAUCACGUGCCUUGAGCAAAUUACUUCUGCGCCUCAAUGAGUAUGAUAAUAUUGCCAUUUUCCUCUCACUUCAAAACUGGGCUGCUGAUGCUGCUGAAGAUAAGCCAUCUAGGCUAAUUACAUUCUAUAGGUUUAGUGAUUACUUGGCUGGAACAUUCAAAGUGCUGUUUAUCAAAGCCAAGCUAGCAGAUAGCUUGUUUAGUCAUGCUGCAAGCCUUCUUGAAGCCAACAACUCAUUUAACCAGCAAAACACAGUAUUUGGCUCUGGAGCUGAAGCAGAAAGGCAAACUUCAUGUCUGCUUGAAGCUGUUUUGGACACACUUACCAAGAUCUUUCUUUAUGACUCUGUUAAUUUUACCAACCAAGAAAGAUUUCAACUGAUGGUCAAACCUUUAACUGAUCAGUUGGAAAAUACCAUUGGUGGUAUGAUAGCCUAUGAAGGUCGCAUCAGGAAUCACUUAAUUCCAUGCCUCGUUAAGUUUACCAUUGCUGUUGGAGAUGACUCUCUUUGGAAGACGCUAAACCGGCAGAUUCUUCUUAGGGUCAGAAAUGAUGACCAGCCUAAGGUGAUUCUGGCAGCAUUGCAAACUUUCCAGGCACUAAUGGAGACACUGGGAGAAGACUUCUUGCAGCCUGUACUAGCAGACACAAUGCCUUACAUCACAGAGGUUCUUGAAAGUCUAGAUACUGAUAUUGAGGCUUUCACUAGAGAAAUAUUCACAAAGAUGGAAGGAAUACUUGGUGAUAAUUUGAGAGCUUAUUUGGGUUAAUGAAUACAUUAGUGUUAUCCAUAUUUAUUUAAAUUAAAUAUCUGUAAUUUCAAGGAGAAAUUUAAUACAGUUAAAUCACAUUUUGAUCAGAUCUUAAGUAGUGUAUUAUAUUGGUUACUAGUUACUACUUCUCCACCACUUCUUCACUUGUUUGCAUCUUUUAUAGGUUCAUCUUUAGGAAUCUUAGCCAGACAUUUUGACUGUUUAAGGGAGUCGUUUGGGCCAAAAAAUGUAUUAAAUAAAAAUAAUUCCAA